AUGUCUGCAGAAACCGAAACUCAGAAUAUACCACCGCCAACCACUGAAGUGGAGACAUCAUCGGAAAAAAAUAUUAUUAUGACAUGUGGUAUAUGUCAAAUAACUAUCAAUGAUGGUGAUACUAAACUCAAAUGUAAAAGUAAUAGCUGUGGAGCGUUUACUUGCAAUACAUGUAUAGAAUUAAUGAUUAAUGUAAUGUUUGGUCAUCCUACUCUAAACUAUCCAUUAUUAUGUGGUGUAUGUCAAGAAGCAUUCGAUUUAACAGAAGUUGAUGAAAUUCUUAGGGAGCAACAAUGUUAUGAACAAUAUAUAUCUUGUGUACUUCCAUUAUUUUGGUCGAAAGAUUGUCUUCAAGAUAAUGAAAAAUUAGCUCAAUGUCCAUUUUGUCCGUAUGUUGAAAUUCAUACAACUGAUGCAUGUCCUCUUCGUUUUCUCACUUGUCAACAUCCUUCAUGUCGUAAAAAAUCAUGUUUAAUAUGUCUUCAUGAAAUAGUAGAUGAUGAAUCGAUACAUGAAUCUCGAUGUAUUGAGCUUCAAUCAUAUAAAGAAAUGGUUGAAAAAGCUAUUGAUUCAGGUUCUAAACAACAAUGUCCACAUUGUCAAUUGACUGGUAUUAAAGAUGAUGGUUGUACACAUAUGGUAUGCGAACGAUGUCAACUUACUUGGUGUUAUCUCUGUGGAAUGAAAGAAGAAGAAUGUUUAGUAGAUGAAUAUGCUGAUCAAAAUUUAUCAGCACAUAACCAAGAUUGGGAGCAACAUGAAGGUCGUUGUCCAAUGAGUCUUGUUAGUAUCAAUGAUGUUGAUAACCGAUGGCCACAGGAUGAUCAAGAUUGUUUAGAAUAUUUCCAUCGUUAUCGAACAUUGUGUCAAUUGUAUGAUGUACUUAAAAUAAUUGGUGACGAUAAAUUAGAUGAACUUAACUCAAAUUUUGGUAUUAUUGAUGCAUCUGGUUACACAAUUGAUGAAAUAAAAGAUUAUGAAACUCGAAUAUUAAUUAAUUAUGCAUCAAAUGGUUAG